AUGCUUGGAACUUCUUCUUUGUUUAUAGCGCUGAAUACCACGGAGGAGAAGGUGACGUGCCCGCUUGGAUAUUUCCCGUGUGGCAACCUGAGCGUUUGCCUCCCUCAGCUCCUGCACUGCAAUGGCAUCGACGACUGUGGAAACCAAGCCGAUGAGGAGAACUGUGGAGAUAACAAUGGAUGGCCCCAUCUUUUUGACAAAUAUUUCGGAAUGCCAAAUUACAACGUCCGGACCAAGUCGAACAUAUGCUUGCUGGGUGUCAUUCCUGAGUCGUGCCAGUGCCGAGACCUGGAGCUGGACUGCGACAGCGCUCAGCUUCAAGAUGUCCCCGUGGUGGCGAUAAACGUCACCAUGAUGUCCUUACAAAGAAAUCGACUUCACAGACUAAAAGCAUAUGGAUUCUUUAACUACCAGAGCCUGGAGAAACUAUAUCUGCAGCAUAACAAAAUUCAAGAUGUGAGUCCUGAUGCAUUCAGAGGGCUUCAUAACCUCACAAGACUAUACCUGAGCUACAACAGGAUAAGCGUCCUGAUGCCGCAUGUGUUCAUGGACCUGCACAAGCUGGAGUGGCUGAUCCUUGAGAACAACGAUAUCCAUCUGAUCUCACCCAUGACAUUUUCAGGACUGAAUUCCCUCGUUUUACUGGUUUUGUUGAACAACUCAUUGACGAGGUUAGAUGACAUCUGUCGAGAAAUGCCCAAACUGAACUGGCUGGAUUUAGAGGGAAAUCUCAUUGAAAUGAUUGGAAACGUCUCCCUCCGCUCCUGUAGCAUGUUGACAGUUCUAGUUUUGCAGAGAAACAAGAUAAGCUACAUACACGAGCAGGCUUUCUCUGUCCUCCGAAAGCUUGGAGAGUUGGAUCUAUCCAACAACAGGCUUGUGGUAAUACCACCCAAUUUAUUUUUCUUACUGGAGGAUUUGCUCCAACUCAAUAUUUCCUUCAAUCCCAUCAUGGAACUUCAAGUUUACCACUUUGACAAGUUACAUAAAUUAAAAUCCUUGAGCAUAGAGGGGAUAGAAAUUGAUAAUAUACAACGCAGGAUGUUUGAGCCCCUUAAAUAUCUAACGCACAUCUAUUUCAAGAAGUUCCAGUACUGUGGCUAUGCCCCUCACGUGCGCAGCUGCAAGCCCAACACUGACGGCAUCUCGUCUUUUGAGAACCUGCUGGCCAACAUCGUGCUGAGGGUCUUUGUUUGGGUGGUGUCGGCCACCACCUGCUUCGGGAACAUCUUCGUCAUAUGUAUGCGCUCCUACAUCCGCUCAGAGAACAAGCUGCACGCCAUGUGCAUCAUCUCCCUCUGCUGUGCAGACGGGCUUAUGGGGAUUUACCUCUUCAUGAUUGGCGCGUACGACUUGAAGUUUCGAGGGGAGUACAAUCGGCACGCUCAGGCCUGGAUGGACAGCAGUCAGUGUCAGGUCAUCGGCUCUUUGGCCAUGCUGUCCACCGAAGUAUCUGUGCUGCUCCUCACCUAUCUCACUCUGGAGAAGUACAUCUGCAUCGUUUACCCUUUCCAGUACUUGACUCCGGGCUGGCGACGAACUGUUACCAUCCUCCUCGGGAUCUGGGUGUUCGGCUUUAUCGUGGCCUUUCUGCCUCUCGUGUGCAAGGGCUUGUUCCGCAACUUUUAUGGCACAAAUGGAGUCUGUUUUCCUUUGCAUUCUGAGCAGCCGGAGACAGCUUGGGCUCACGUUUACUCCAUCGUCAUUUUCCUGGGUCUCAAUCUGGUGGCGUUCCUCAUUAUUGUGUUUUCCUAUGCAAGCAUGUUUUAUAACAUCCAGAGGACGGGCACUCAGACCACUAAGUACAGCAACCACAUUAAAAAGGAGGUCACCAUUGCCAAACGGUUCUUCUCUAUCGUCAUAACCGACUCCCUCUGCUGGAUCCCCAUCUUCAUCCUCAAGAUCUUGUCAUUAAUGCAAGUGGAGAUUCCAGGCACUAUCAGCUCGUGGGUUGUGAUCUUUAUUCUGCCCAUCAACAGCGCCCUGAACCCCAUCCUUUACACACUUACCACGCGGCCUUUCAAAGAGACCAUUCUGCAGGUGUGGGCUAACUACCGGCAGAAAAGACCCCUGCUCAGCGGCCAUCCCCCUCACCAACAGUCGCUCACUUGGCAGGAAAUGUGGCCCCUGCAGGAAAACAGCCAAGUGGUCGGCCCGGGAAACCCGCUGGAAACCACGGACGCCUCGGCCAAGCUCACCCCCGUGGAGAAUGCCAACGAUGGAUAUAGUGACACUGCCACGUGCAGAAAACAGCCGAAGCAGCACGCGGUGCUGUCCGUGUGCUCGCAGAAACAAACGGUGCCGCACACUCUCACGCACAUCCACACGUUCACGCCGACAAAUGAACUCCUCUAACCACCCACCUAAAAUGUCCGCGAGUGAUUCGAGGCCAGUUAAAAUGGUUAAUGCCCAUUCGUGUCAGAAACUCAUAUCAUAAACAUUCACUGUAGUCCUUUAAUGGGUCUGGAUUUCUUCUUUAUAGUGAAAAAGUAGUAUUUAUUUCAUCUUUUCUAAAUGAAGUGAGCUGUAUGUGUUACCCAUGCUGCAACAAAACAGUGAAGGUAUAAGGCACAUAGAUCUUCAGACGAUGAGAACUGAACAUUUCUCUUCAUUUAAGCAACCACAGCUCUAUGAAGUAUAAAGCCUAGGGACUCAAUGCACAUGUUGUCUGUGAAUGUGUGAUACAGAAAACAAUGAUGUCUAUAUGUGGCUAAAAAGACAAAGAUUUACAAAAGUGACAACAAAAAUUAAGAGGGUUUAGUUUAAAUUUAAGUCUGUGCGUGUAUAUAUUCUGGAGGGGGGGGAUUUCUGUGGAGGAUUACUGGCAGAAGAGAUGAGAAGCAUUUUUAGAUUAGUUUGACCAUAAAUGAUGAGUUGAUGGUAAACAAGAGGAGAUUGCUAAUGUGCAACGUUUGGGUCUAUCUUUCUUAACUGAGCUUGAAACGCCUUUUUCGCCUCUAUUUAUUUUAGCCGCUAAUUUGGUAAAGUAUGAACAUGGUAAUUUGUUGUUUUGGAAAGACCCGACAAGGUCAGAGUUAAGAUAAUAAUCACACAUUUAUGCAGCACUUAGCAAGAAACAUCAUCAAUUGAAGCUUCAGCCUGCAGUCAUUCCCUGUGUUUAAAACAGUUCAGAUUUAUGAAAGAAGACAUUACUACAUCUAGAUUUUUAUAUAGAUUAACUUUAUCCGUAAUGGUAACAUUUACUGGCAGAGUUUUUUUAAAAUAUUUAUUUUAAUUAUAAAAAAGCUUUUGAAUAUUACA